CUUCAAAGCAAACACUCAAGUACCAACAUACUUUAUUGUCGAGUAUUCAUCACCAAUUGCACAUUGGGUAUCCUCUCCACUAUGGCAAAGAUCAAGUCCAUUGAAUAUUUUCGAGUUCCGCCUCGUUGGCUGUUCGUCAAAAUUGUAGACGAAGCCGGGAACGUAGGAUGGGGUGAAGCUUCAUUGGAAGGACAUACUCAAGCAGUGGAAGGCUGUUUGGACUCUCAUAUUGAAAGAUAUGUUGGAUUGAAUGCUGAGUGCGUCUUUGGCACUCCCAUCUUGUGACAUAUUAAAGCACUGAUGAAUUUGAAAGUGACAUCGAGCAUAUCUGGCAGACUACCUGGCGCCUCGGCUUCUACCGAGGAGGUCCAGUGUUUAUGAGCGCGCUCUCAGGAAUCGAUAUUGCUCUAUGGGAUUUGAAAGGUGUGUUGUGCUAAUGAUAAUUGAUCGUUUGGCUAAUCAGCCUUCAGCAAGGAGAUUGGGCGUGCCAAUUUACGAACUUCUUGGUGGAAAGGUGCGAGACAAGCUAAAAGUUUACGCUUGGAUUGGCGGAGAUAGGCCGUCUGAUAUCGCAGCUCAAGCGUGAGAUUAUCUUUCACACGAAGAACAAUUAAACACUGGUCACUAAGGAAGAACUCAGUCAAGCCCGUAAGGACCAAGGUUUCACGGCCGUGAAGAUGAAUGGAACAGAAGAUCUUGGAUGGCUCGAUUCCCCUUCUGCACUUGACAGCUGUGUAGAGAGAGUCAAGGCAGUCAAGGCACUCGGGAUGGAUGCUGGUGUUGACUUCCACGGCCGUGUCCAUAAACCAAUGGCAAAGCAGCUAGCUAAACUACUCGAGCCUCACCGACCUUUAUUUAUUGAGGAACCGCUACUUUCGGAACACAUCGAGGGUAUCAAAGCUAUCUCACAGAUGACGAGCACGCCAAUAGCCCUUGGAGAAAGAUUGCACAGUCGCUGGGAUGUCAGACCAUUCUUAGAAUCAGGAGCAGUCGACAUUCUCCAGGCAGAUAUCAGUCACUGCGGAGGCAUUUCGGAAAUGAAACGAAUCACGGCAAUGGCUGAAGCAUAUGAUGUUGCAAUGGCGCCGCACUGUCCACUGGGUCCGAUUGCUCUGGCUGCCAAUGUACAAGUCAUGGCAGCAACAGCAAACUUUGCCAUUCAAGAGAUGAGUUUGGGGAUCCAUUAUAAUGUUGGAGGUCAGGAUUUGACCAGCUAUACACAUAAUCCAGAAGUUUGGAAAGUGACCGGGGGGUACAUCGAUUUGAUGAAGGGUCCCGGUCUUGGAAUUGAGGUUGAUGAGGAGCAAGUGAGAAGGUUGUCCGAGGGGGCGAGGCCAUGGGUGAGUCCAGGCUUCAUCGGACCAGGAGGGGAAGUUAGAGAGUGGUAG